AUGACCGUCGCCAGCUCUCAGAGGCUCGUCCCUACCAAGGCCGUCAACAAGGCCGUCUCGGGGGAUCCCUCAGGCGUUCCUCCUGGCUACAAGGCUGCGAUCGGCCAACUCCAGACCUUUGUCUUGCCCGAAACCUUUACGUCAAGCGCCAGUGACGUGAAGCUCGGCAAGGCCAUCGUCGCCGCGUGGCAGAAGGACGGCAUCCUCCAGAUCGCCAUGAAGCCGAACCAACAGGCCACGUACAAGGCCGCCAACGCGGCCAGCAAGCGCUUCUUCAGCAAGUCCCACGCCCAGAAGGCGGCCUGCGUCGACAGCCAGAGCUAUGCCGGCUACAUUGCCAGCGGCGAGGAGCUCACGGACGGCAUUGCCGACUACAGCGAGAUCUUCACCGUCACGAAGGACCUCCCGCUCGACGAGCCCAGGGUGCGCGCAAAGUGGCCCUGCCACGGACGCUGCCCGUGGCCGGAUGUCGAGAUGCAGGAGCCCAUCCAGCGGUACAUGGACAGCUUGGGCGAGAGCGGCGAGAUGAUCCUCAAGCUGACGGAGCUCGGUCUUGAUCUGCCUGAGGGGUCUCUGACGGGCCUGACGCGCGAUGGUUGGCAUCACCUGCGUGUGCUGCGAUUCCCCGCAACGCAUGCUACGAAUGGCAAAGGCAAGGAUGGCCGUGGCAUCGGCUCUCAUACCGAUUACGGACUGCUCGUUCUCGCGGCAGCUGACGACGUCGGUGCCCUGUUUGUUCGGCCCCCCGAGAAGGACGAGAACUUUGCCAACUGGGAGAGGAGCGCUGCCGGCUUCAAGGAAGACGACGAGGGCUGGGUGUUUGUGCCCCCUGCAGAGAACGUCUUUACCUUUCUCACAAACUCCGUCCUGCCUUCCACGCCUCACAAGGUCGGCCUCAACAUCAAGGAGAGGUUCGCCUUUGCCUACUUCCACGAGCCCAGCUUCCAGGCCGUGAUCAAGCCCCUCGAGGGCUACGAUGUCGGCCAGGAGCCGAGGGAGGGCAUCCACUACGGCAAGCACUUUACCGACAUGUUCAUCAGGAACUACCCCCAGCGCAUCACCACGCAGAGACUUGUUGAAGAGGGUCGCUACGACAUGCUCGGGGAAGACAGUCUGCGCACCAUGUCUUCGUGA